AUGACGUGUCAACCUGACAAUGUGGGGAGUUCGAUUCCAGGCGGCGAACGUCCCUGUACAAGGGGUCACAAGUUCCGCCUACCCUCGGUCGCGCCGGGAACAGAAGCGCCGGCGAAGUCAUUGGCGCAUCCAGACUCCGAGCAAGGCGUGGAUGUAGCAUCCCAUUUAGAUUUAAUGGCCCGGGAAGCGGUCAAGCCAAGGGGCCGCCCAUCCGGUCAUGUCCAUUUCAGUCUGGACGCGGACACAGCUGGACGUAAAAAUCCGGAGGAUAGGGAAGGUAAACAGGCUGAGCUAUUGUCUAGUCAGGUAAGCAGUUUGCCGCCUGCCGAGCUUGUCAAGGUCCCGGCGGAUCGGAUCAUAUCUGCCGAAACCAGCACACCAGCUCCCAGUCCACCAAAAGCUAAGGCAAUCGAAGAGGAUGUCACCAUGGGUUCCCCGAGCACAGGACCGGCCGACAACAACAGUUUCUCCUUGUCGGAAACACUCUGCACCGAAGCGGAUCCAUCCGGUGAUUCUGACAUUGAGGUCAUCGAGUCCCCAAUGAACAAGCUCGUUUAUCGGAAGCCACGGCAUGGGUCCUGGGCCCCCUCUCCGAUCAUUAUAUCGGACUCAGAGCCUGACAGGACAGCUUUCGGUGAGACUGGAUUGCUGUUCGAACCAUCCCCUGAAAUGAUAUCCUGCAGUAGCACUUCUGACGAAAGCACCGAUCGCAUUCCUCACUUCCCGGACAGUGUGCAACCUCCCCUUCAGCAGGUUAUAGUCUCUGAGGGCCAGCAGAACUGGACCAGGUUGCCUUACCUGUUUCAGGAAGGCGAGCUGCCCGAGGACCUCAUACCUGCGGGGGCCCCGCUGGCACUGGCGCCAGAUGACUGGGAGCCAUUGGUGGGGGGCGGUGGACUGGUCGCAAAACCUGAAGACAUCACAUUGUCACCGAAUCACUCAAGCGCCAUUCCUGAAGAUGGGAUCGCAGCAAAUCACUUUCAUAUCUUACAGCACGGUCCUUGGUUCGCCGCCGAACACUCGCCAGCCCUCGGCGCCGAGGGGUGGCCACUCUGCGGCGCCGCGCGUUGGUCAGUGUGCGGCGCCAAGGGUUGGCCACUCUGCGGCACCGAGGAUUACAGAGUCUGCGGCGCCGAGGAUUACACGUUCUGCGGCGCCGAGGGUUGUAAUCGGACCGUCUUACAGUGGCCAAGCUCCUACGGCUUUUUCGGAUCUUCUUCAUCAGCGGACGAUACUGGAAUCCCGGAUCGAAUCCUUGGAGCAGCUGCGACGUUCCAAUGCCCUCAAUGCAAGAACAGUAGGCUGGGUUCUGGCAUAUUACAAUUGCGCUGA